CAAAUCUCAUGUGGAUAAUGGUAUGCCUUUAAAGUAAAGGGUAAGAUGAUUCAUAGAACAUUCGGGACUGUUUACACUUAUUUCGUACUAUUUUUAUUGGUGUGGACUGUGAAUGGCCAAGAGGAGACGUUUGGAGAUUUUGAAACGUUGACAAGUGGUCAGGGUUGGUAUUAUAAAGGAUGUACAGUAGACUUGAACACGGAUAGUUUUACUGGACACCACAGCCUACACGUCAUUAAUAGACAAGCUGCAUGGGGUGGAAUAUAUUUUGAUGUUUCUGUCAAGCCGUUAACCAAUUAUUAUUUUCACGCAAGAAUCAAACUUCUGAACAUUUCUCCAAGGAAACUGACAAGUAAUGUACAAGUUACGAAUUUGGUUAAUUCAACCGGACACGGUUCUCGGCACCAAAAACUUGGUGAGGUGAGAUUUAUGCAGCCAAACAUAUGGCAGGAGAUUGGUGGGGAUUUUACUACCCCGCCUGACGUGACCGGGGUAUCGAUUUAUGUUCAGCUUCAGGACAUCGAUGUUAAUUAUUUGUUAGAUUCUGCUGUAUUUAAUGAGGUACCAUCAUUAUCACCAACAUGGCGCCAAGAUUCCGACACUCUAAUAGACAAACUCCGAAAAGAUGAUAUUCAUAUAAGGGUACAGGAAGAAUUUGGUUCGUCGAAUCUUACAGUUGAGUUACAACAAUUGAAGAGUGAAUUUGCCUUUGGUUCUGCUGUCAAUGCUGAGUAUAUAGUUAAUCCUAAUUAUAAAGGUUAUCAAGAUUUCUUCUAUGAUACAUUUGAAUGGGGUGUCCUUGAAAAUAAACUUAAAUGGAAACAGAUGGAGUGGUCGCAUGGACAUGUUAACCACGACUUGGCGUCGAAUGCUAUAAAUGCUAUGGUAGCUAAAGGGACUAAGAUAAGAGCUCACAACAUAUUCUGGGGUAUAGAGAAAAAUAUUCCCAAAUGGCAGUCGAGUAUCCCAGAUGAUCAAAUUAAAGGAACGUUGGUGGACAGAUUAAAUGAUAUUGUACCUUUUACUAAGGGAAAAGUUGAACAUUGGGACGUAAACAAUGAAAAUAUUCAUGGUAACUAUUAUGAAGAAAAAACUGGAUAUGUUAAUCUAACAAUGUGGAUGUUUCGUGAAACUCAUAAACUGGACCCCAAAGUAAAAUUGUUUUUAAAUGAUUUCGCAGUAGUUAAUGAGAGAUAUUCUGGAGAGGCAUAUUAUAAUCAAGGAAUGUUGUUUAAAACCACACCAGACGUACCCAUCUAUGGACUAGGUGUACAGAGUCAUUUAAAAACACACGUAGAUCCAGAGGUUCUAAAAUUUAGGUUAGAUCGGCUUGCGAGAAUUGGUUUACCUAUUUGGAUAACUGAACUAGACAUAAGUAAUUAUGAUGUAAACGCUAAAGCUGACUAUCUUGAAGAUGUUUUAAGGCUAUACUUCAGCUAUCCCUCUAUAGAAGGCAUUAUGUUCUGGGGAUUUUGGAGUGGACACAUCAGUAAACCAGCGGCGGCCUUGGCAGAUGGUUCUCCAAACACUGUAAAGGCAAAUCCAGCUGGAGAAAGGCUGCGAAAAUUAAUAAAACAAGACUGGAGAACAAAUGAAUCGAAAUCUUUAUCUUCUGGUGCUACAACUAUACGUGCGUUCAGGGGAGAUUACUCAUUAAAACUAUUGAAGAAUGGUCAAAUUAUCUACUCUGAAAACUUUACUUUGUCAAAAGGUGGUAGAUAUUUAGACUUGCACCUGACAGGUUCAACGGUUUCAAUUAUUGGUUAAACUCCAGAGAAAACGAAUAUUUUUGUCUGCGAUGCUAAUAAAGAAUUGCUGUUGUUAA